AUGUCUUGGUUAUUAAAACAAGCUGAAGAUAUUUUAAAUCGAGUUGAUCAACAAACAAAUGCAGCUUUGCAUCAACAUACUUCAGAAUUACCAAAAAAACAAAAUCAAAUUGAAUUUAUUUCUGAUACACCUUCAUUUACUCCAACAAAAUCAUUAGAUCAACCGAUUAUAUCUACAAAUCGACCCACAAUAAUAAUACCAACACGUCGUACUAAAAAAACUGAUGAAACUGAUCUUAUUAAUUAUCUUAAUAGUUCAACACCAAUCAAUAAUAAUGAAAUAAAACAAUUAAUACCUGUUCAAUCUUCUUCUAAUAAUAAAACACGUACAAAUAGUUGUUCAUCUAGUAAUCUUAAUGAUAAUUCAUCACUAGUAAUUUCAACAAAUGAAUCUUAUAUUAAUAAUUCUAAUAAACAAUUGAUUGAUACACUUCAAAAUGAAAUUCAAACAUUAAAACAUGAUAAAAAUCAAUAUGAAAAUGAAUUACAUACUUAUAAACGUCAAUUAAUUCAAUAUCAACAUCAAAUAGCUGAAUCUGAUGCAUUAUUACGUGAUUUACAUUCACGUGAAUCUGAUUCUAAUGAAAUUUUAUCAACAAAAGAUUCUCAAGUAGCAUUACUUCGUAUACAUUCAUCACAUAUUCAAUCAGCAUCAUUUGAUGCAUUACAAUUACGUAAAAUACAAUUAGAACAAGAAUUAGAACGAAAUUUAAAUGAAAAUGAACGUUUAAAUAAUGAAAAUGAACAAUUAAUUGAACAAUUAAAAUUAAUUGAAAAACGUUUAAAUGAUGAACAUUUACAAUUUUAUGAACAACAACAACAAACAAAACAUGCAAAAAAUUUAAUUAAUCAAUUAGAAUAUGAAAUGAAUGAAUAUAAAUCUAAAGCACAAAGAAUUUUACAAACAAAAGAUAAAUUAAUUAUUAAACUUAAAGAUAUUAUACAACAUCAAAAUAGUACAUCAAAUAUUGGAGAUCAACAUGAAAUUGAAACUAUUGGUACGAAUGAUGAUUCUACUCUUGUCGAUAGAAGUCUCGUAGGAAAUUCAUCUGUAUCAUCACCAAUAUCUACUAAUUGGGCAUCUAUACAAUAUGAAGAAUUAAAAAAUGAAAAUGAAUUAUUUAAACAAGAAUUACAAGCACGUGAAUUAACAAUACAUACAUUACGUAAUGAACUUCAAGAAUCUGAAUUAUUAAUUCAACAUUCUGAUGAACAAUAUCAAGAACAAAUCAAUCAAUUAAAUGAACAAUUAAAAGAUGACCGUUCACGUUUAAUAUUAGCUGAACAAGAUUAUCGUAAAUUAAAACAAGAAUCAACAUCAAUGAAGGAUGAUUUUCAUAAACAAAAACAAAUUUAUCAAGGACAAUUAAAUGAACGUGAACGUGAAAUUGAACGUCUUCGUUUACAAUUAACAUCUAUAACAAUAAAUCAUGUUAAUGAUGAUGAAUUAGAAAAACGUUUACAAACAUUAACAGAAUCAUUAAUACAUAAACAAACUAUAAUUGAAACAUUACAAACAGAUAAAAGUUCAUUAACAAUGCAAUUAGAACGUUUAGAAAAACGUUUAGAUGAUUAUGAAACAAUAACAACAAAAAAUUCUUUACAACAAUCAACAAAAACAAUUCCAACAACAUCAAUAUCAAUUGAUGAUAAUGAACAUUAUGAAAAUCUUCGUUAUCGUAUGCCAUUAUUACAUGAAACACCAUAUGAUGUUGAUUUAACAAAAAAAGUUAAACGAGCAGCUAAUGAACUUGAUAAACUAGGAAUUCGUUUCACAAUAUUUUUAAGACGUUAUCCAAUUGUUCGUCUUGGUGUACUUUUUUAUAUUUUACUUCUUCAUUUAUGGACAUUUAUUGUACUUUUUACAUAUACACCAGAAAUUCAUAGCAAUACAAAUUCAAUUAAUUUAAAAGAUAAACUAUAA